CCGGGGGCACUGAGGGCACCUGGCACUGCGGGACGCGAGGCCGAGGGGCCCGGCGGGGCCGGGCCGGCGCGGCACGAGCAGCGCACCGUGCACCCGGCGCGUGCCGGGGCGCGGCGGUGGCGGAGCCGCCCUCGCGCGGCGGCCGUUGUCGUUGCCGGGGCGUUGGGCGCUCGCCCUCGCGUGUCGCGACAGUUGCCGACAGGCGCCAUGGCGGAGCCGCUGCUGCCCGCUGGCUUCCGCUCCGGCUCCACAGCCCUCUGGCCUUACCUCUUUCCCGCUGCCUCCCGGCCCUGCACCUUUCCCGCCAAGCUGUGGCUGCUGGUGAAUAACCCCCGCGUCCGCUCCGUGCGCUGGGAUGCCCGCGGCGAGGGGCUGUUCAUCGACCAGGCGCUCUUCGAGCGGGAGCUGCUGGGCGGGGGGCCCGGCGCUGCCGGGGAGGCGGAGGUCUUCAAAACCAAGAACUUCGGCAGCAUCAUCCGCCAGCUUAACCUGUACGGGUUCCACAAGCUGGCGAUGGGGCCGCCUGCUCCCGCGCUGGGGCAGAGACUGGGGCCGGCCGCGGCGGGGGACAGUCCCGACAGCCCCGAUGGGCCCCGGCACCACUUCUGGAACCCCCACUUUCGCCACAACCGCCCCGACCUCUUGGUGAGGAUCAAGAGACUCACGAAGGCCAAUAAGGAGAAGCUGGACGCUGGCAUGAAAGUGCCCAGCCGCCUGCUCGACGACUUGCAGCACAUUGUUGGGAAGGGACUUGUUCCUGUCGCCCUCGACCCUCGGCGAGUCCAACGGGAGCGCUGUGGGAAACUGUAUACAACAUAGAGAAGAAUGGAAAGGAGAAAGGAAGACUUUGAGAUCUACUUUAGGAAGACACUAGUUUUCAACGAACUCAAAACAAAUUCAGGAAAAAAGUUUAAAGAAAAGUCAUGAGUUAUCUCAAUAAAAGUGUUGCGUGAGCUAUUAUUCAACA